UUUCUUACAGAUUCGUGGGAUCACUGGGUACCAUCAUCAUAAAAUGUAAAGACUUUCGAAUUAUACAGUUGGAUAUUCCUGGAAUGGAGGAAUGUUUGAAUAUAGCCAGUUCCAUUGAGGCAUUGUCUACCCUGGACUCCAUCACUCUGAUGUACCCUUUCUUCUACCGGCCCAUGUUCGAAGUCGUAGAGGAUGGCUGGCACGCAUUCCUUCCCGAGCAGGAGUUCGAGCUCUGUUCUUCAGCUACCAGUGAGUGGAGGCUAAGCUAUGUCAAUAAGGAAUUUGCUGUCUGUCCCUCAUACCCACCAAUCGUCAUAGUGCCCAAAUCCAUUGACGAUGAAGCUCUUCGGAAGGUAGCUAUGUUUCGACAUGGAGGGCGCUUCCCGGUACUAAGCUACUAUCAUAAAAAAAAUGGAAUGGUAAUUAUGCGAAGUGGCCAGCCACUCACUGGCACGAACGGGAGGAGGUGCAAGGAAGAUGAGAAGCUCAUCAAUGCUACCCUCAGGGCAGGAAAGCGUGGCUACAUCAUUGACACCCGCUCUCUGAACGUGGCUCAGCAAGCUAGAGCCAAAGGAGGCGGCUUUGAACAAGAAGCUCAUUAUCCUCAGUGGAGGCGAAUUCAUAAGUCCAUUGAGAGAUACCAUAUUCUUCAGGAGAGCUUAAUCAAACUCGUGGAAGCUUGUAAUGAGCAAGCACAUAACAUGGACCGAUGGCUCAGUAAAUUGGAGGCCUCUAAUUGGCUGACGCACAUCAAAGAGAUUCUGACAACCGCCUGCCUGGCGGCUCAGUGCAUCGACAGGGAAGGAGCAUCAAUACUGAUUCACGGGACAGAGGGAAUUGAUUCCACCCUUCAGGUGACCUCGCUGGCCCAGAUCAUCUUGGAACCAAGAAGCAGGACCAUCCGUGGCUUCGAGGCCCUGAUAGAAAGAGAGUGGCUACAGGCUGGUCACCCGUUCCAGCAGCGCUGCGCGCAGUCGGCCUACUGCAACAGUAAGCAGAAGUGGGAGGCGCCAGUGUUUCUGCUCUUCUUGGACUGUGUGUGGCAGAUACUUCGUCAGUUCCCCUGUUCUUUUGAAUUUAAUGAGCGCUUCCUCACCAUGCUCUUUGAGCACGCGUAUGCCUCCCAGUUUGGAACAUUUCUGGGCAACAAUGAAAGUGAAAGAUGUAAGUUGAAGCUGCAGCAGAAAACCAUGUCUCUCUGGUCCUGGGUCAAUCGGCCCAGUGAGCUGAGCAAACUCACCAAUCCUCUCUUUGAAGCCAACAACCUCGUCAUCUGGCCUUCGGUUGCUCCGCAGAGUCUUCAGCUGUGGGAAGGUAUUUUCCUACGUUGGAACAGAACCUCGAAGUACUUGGAUGAAGCCUAUGAAGAAAUGGUGAACAUCAUUGAGUAUAACAAAGAAUUGCAAGCAAAAGUCAAUAUCCUGAGGAGGCAGUUGGCAGAACUGGAAACAGAGGACGGGAUGCAGGAGAGUCCCUGAAUGGUGUCCCCACACCCGCCAUAAGGACCUUCCUGGACCUACGUCCGCCUCUGUCUCCCCGUGCGCACUUCAGUUCACUUUCACACGGUAGCCUUGAACUCGAGGCUGCAGACGUGGGUCCCUCUGUGUAGUGGGUUUCUCGGUACUGUAUGGACGACACUUACCAUAAGGACUCGUGUUUCACGUGGCCUGUUAGGCCCCUUCACCUGGGAGCAGGAAGGAGGUGCUAGUCAUUUUAUUUUAUGUGAAAUAGAUGACCUA